UAUUUACAAACGAAUUUCUCGUGUCACAAGGUUAACAAGCGGAAUGAUAAACAAACCACAAGAAUUUCUGUAAACAUAAAUGAAAUAUUUAAAAUUCAAGUGAUAAUAGCAUCUUUUGCAUAAGGAGGUCACUUACGUUAGUUGUCGGUUGUUAGUGCGACGAUACAGUUGUUUAGCCACGAUGCCGGCUCCAGAUAAGAAAGGUUUGAAAAUAGUUGACGUCAACGUUAAAGAUGUUAGGUUCCCUACUUCUCUUGGUGGACAUGGAUCCGAUGCCGUGCAUACUGAUCCAGAUUACUCGUGCGCUUACGUCACCAUCACCACUGAGAAUGGUAAACAAGGGUACGGCAUGACGUUCACCUGCGGCCGAGGCACCGAAAUCAUCGUCUUCACCAUUCGCUCCAUGAAGAGGUUUGUGCUGGGUAAAAAUGCGGCGGAGAUAUUCUCAGACUUCGCCGGCUUUUGGCGCGCUAUAACUAAUGACACGCAAAUGAGAUGGAUAGGUCCUGAAAAAGGUGUGGCACAUUUGGCGGUCGCGGCUAUAAUAAACUCCCUGUGGGAUUUGUGGGCGCGGCUGGAAAAUAAACCACUUUGGAGAUUACUUGCUGAUAUGGAGCCGGAGGAUUUAGUGUCAACCAUAGAUUUCCGUUACAUAACCGACGUGAUAACACCAGAAGAGGCUAUACAAUUGCUUAAAAACAAAAGGUCAGGCAAAGAUGAAAGGAUUAAACUGUUGUUAGACCAAGGAUAUCCGUCGUACACUACUCAAGUUGGAUGGUUGGGUUAUAGCGAUGAACUCCUAAAAGAGCUCUGUGAUAAGUAUUUGAAACUCGGGUUCAACCAUUUCAAAGUCAAAGUUGGUCGUAAUUUUGACGACGAUUACAGAAGAUGUAGCGCAGUUCGCAAAUAUAUUGGCGAGGACAAAGUUCUGAUGGUCGACGCUAACCAAGCGUGGACGGUAAGUGAAGCUAUUGAGUGGAUGAAGAAGUUGGCGCCGCUAAGGCCUGUGUGGAUCGAAGAGCCCACUUCGCCAGACGACAUUUUAGGACAUGCUGAGAUAUCGAAAGCUUUGGCUCCGUACGGCAUCGGCGUGGCGACCGGCGAGAUGUGCGCCAACCGCGUCAUGUUCAAGCAGUUUUUGCAGAGCGGCGGCAUGCAGUACUGCCAGAUCGACUCCGCACGGAUCGGUGGCGUCAACGAAAUACUCUCUGUUUACUUCAUGGCCGAGAAACUUAAAGUAAAAGUAUGUCCACACGCUGGGGGCGUGGGUUUGUGCGAAAUGGUUCAACAUCUGCAGUUCUGGGACUUCGCGAGUGUGUCGGGCACCAUGGAGGACCGCCUCAUCGAGUACGUCGAUCAACAACAUGAACAUUUCUACGACCCUUGCAUCGUUGAGAAUGCAAGAUAUCUUGCCCCCAAGGCGCCUGGAUACAGCACACAUUUCCUGCCAGAAACCCUAGAAAAGUACACGUAUCCCAAUGGAACGGAGUGGCAGCGAAUGAUCAAAGAAGGACUGUUCCCGCAGCCCGAUGAGACUGAAUUAUUGAAUGCUUAAUAAAAACAACGCAUCAUUUUAUGAAGAAUUAUAUUUUGAGGCUUAUAAAUUAAAUAUUUUUUUAAGACGU